AAUGAAUUGGCGUUUCAGAGCCCGCGGUGAGUGUCGACGGAUGCGCAGUGGGAGAGAGCUUUUUGGUAGCGCAUCAUUGUCUGUUUGCGAUGCUUUCUUUCGUUGCUUCGUCGUAGACGCCGAAAAAAUUGAAGAUUAGACAGGCUCCGACAUUCCGAUCGGCAGUCUGUUUCCGUGUUUUCGUUUAUCUAUUUCUUGAAGGAAAUUAAGCUCGCUUUAUAAACUUCGUGGUGGAAUCGAGUUGCUACGUAGUAGAACAAAAAUUGUCAUUCGGCACGUCGGCAACCGCUAUUGCACGUGAACGUAGAUAGGCGCAUACAGGAGUUCUUCAGUGCAACGUAGAUAUAAACAACUCAGUACACACACGCGCAAUUUGAAGAUGGGCGCGACGCGAGCACCUGCUGCCAAGUUGGUCAAGAAGGGCGACCCGAAGGUUGGCAAGAAAACGGGGCGAUCAAAUGGCAAAGCGAAGCUCAUGGGCAAGGUGAAACUGGUAGAAAAGGCAAAGAACAAGAAGGAGAAGCAAAAAACUACUACAAGUACUAGCACUAACACUAAGCAGGCGUAUCACAUCCGCAAACGGAACAGCUACAUCGAGUAUGACCCUGACGAGAAUGAGGAAGAUUUUUACGAGUACGAAGACGAUAACCAUCCCGACGAGGUGAACUACGACGAUUUGGUGGCCCAGUGGGCGGAUUGGGACGGAGAUGAAAAUUGGAACGAGGAGGACAAGCCCUCUAAACCAGCGCGGAAUAAGAUAAAAGCAGCAUCUACUUCCACUUCAAAAAAGAAAACCACGCAACAAGAUCACGAAUACGCGAUUGUCUUGAAAAGUGACAAGAAGGGGGGCAAAGGCAAGGCCAAAGGGAAAAAAGGAAAAAAGACUUCCAUGAAGAAAGAGUCGGAGCAAAAAAUCAAAAUGCCGAAGUAUGACAGUGUUGUGCUAUCUUCCGGUGUUGAGGUGGAGGCUACCGCCGUCAAAGUCGGGGACCAGCUGUACGUGAAGCCGCGUGGCAAGAAGAACGCGAAUAAGUUAAAACCCCUGGACGUGAAGCCGCACGACGAGCAGCAGGAAAUUUUGUGGAAGUACCGGCACACGAUCAAGGAUCCGAUCCAGCGCCUGCAGCUCGCCGGAGCAGACGUCGUGAAAAAGUCCGUCCUCCGCGUCUCAACAGUCCACUGCUCGGAACCCGGGAUUUCCUUCGUGUCUCGGGGCGACCGCAUUUCGAACAAGAUUUGGGUGGUGCAGUACAAGGACUUGCAGGAGAAGCGACACAACAAGUGGUUCAACUGCAAGCACUACGUCGAUCUGCGAGAUAAGGAGGAAGAAAGAGUAUGAGAGUGCACAGUGACAGUGCUUUCUCCUGCCCUCCAUUUUUGUCUUUGUAUGUGAUAGUGAAUGCCAGCAUGCUAGAGAGCGUAAGCGUAUAGUGGCUGCGGCUCCAGGAGAACAAAGACCAGCGAUAGUACCGCACUGGCUUCUGCAUGACCAACGCACAUGCGGACGCUAGAAGUAAAAGUGGUGUAGAUUUCUUGGCUUGCGCAGCAACGCUGUGCUACAGCGCAUCAGCACUGAGAAUCAAGUCCUGUUGUUGCCGCGAGACAGGCGAAGCAAGGCGAGGAAAGCUGCUGUUGUGCACGCUUAUAGCACGAGGAGAAGGCAAAAAAACGCUGCAUGGCCGUCGCGGUCAAUUGGCUACGUGACCACAAGGAAAACUUGGAGAAAGAGAAGCAGAAACAAGGCAAGAAGGAGAUCAAAAAAAUCGUAAUACUAAAGUCGAUAUUUGAAACAUGAUAUGCAUUAAUAGAAGUGUCUACAUGAUCAUGAUUGUCUUGCACUUGCUUUCUGAUGCUGUUUGCGGAUGCGGACAAUAUCUUUCGCUUUCCAACGCGCUGCUUUUGCUUACCCUAAAUCGGUAGAAAUGCAAAUUUUUAUCAGGAUCCGCUUGCUCGCAAGAGCGGCGUGCUUGGAGUCGGGUGGUAUCGCUGCCCCGAGUAUCCGCACUUCGUUGGCUGGAGAGCCCAUAUAUCGUCCAAAUCCUUUUGUGGGGUCAACGAGAAGGGCAACGGGCGGAACGUGGGACGCAUUUUCAAACUCGACAGCAGGGACUACAAGGACGAUUCCGAGGGACUAGAGGAGGAGCUCGAGAACCUGCGCCAAAAGGCGGCCGCGCAGCGGAAGGCCUGGGAGCAGCAGGUCUUCGUCUUUGAAGAGGCCAAGUACCCGCAGCAGGUAGCUAAGAAACCGGAGCAGCUGGUGUACGGACACGGAAAGAAAGUGCACGACUUUGAAUACCGACAACCCAGAAGCGGAGCCGCGAUCUUGAUGAAUGGCAGCGGUACAGCUGAGUUUAUUUCCUACAUGUCAACUUGGAUUUCAAUUUUCUUUGCAAAGUGGUCGCUUGAAGUUAUAUGGUUCUCAAAUCCGUUCUCUUCACAGCUGGCCGCAUGCAGCCGAGUAGUUCUUCCUCGUCCUCGACGGCGCUCGUUGCCACCAGCAGUAGCUCCUCUGGGCGGAGGUAGUACACCAGCACACAAAGACCACCUUUGACGACCGCUUGAGGGCUGCUCGUGGUCUCUGUUGCCAUUCAUUUUCCAGCGUGAGUCAUCGAUCGCCCGUGUUGGUGUUCCUGUGUACGCGCCGCGCCGUGUCUGUAGCAUCUUGAUCUUUGCCUAGAGACCACGUCGCACGGUUCCGGUGCCAUGUAAAAUUCGAGUUCCUCCUCAUCGGCUGCUCCUACUGCGAGGCCAUUCUUUCCCCAGGAUGUCCGCGUAGCUGCAAACUGUCACAAGAAGUGUAGGAUGUUGACAAUGACACCGCCAAACGCCAGCAAUAAUGCGGAGCAGAGAUAGAAGAUGAAAUAGAAAAUAUUUGACUUCUACUUCUUUAAAAAAUCGUAAUCUACCAUGAUGUAUCAAAAAACCCACUGUAUCGAAAGCAAAACAGGAUCAGAUUUCUCAAUUUGAAUCGCGGCCUUCUACGUACGAACACGGGCUCGCAGCUAUCCCCACCCUUGUAUCUCGCAAUUACUUCUACCAACAAAAAAAGAAGAAAGUUCUUUUGACGUGGAGACAGAUGACAAUGGAUGAGAAUAUUAGCGCCGAUUGUCGAAGACCCUCCCCAGCAUCAUCUUCACGGAUGUGAUUCCCUAAACUGUUCGACAGAG